AUGAAGGAAGCAGCUUAUGCUGAAGAGCUAAAAACUCUUAAGGAGUUCAAAACCACCCGGAAUGACUGGUUUGUCAAAGAAACGAGAAGGAGAGGCAGAAAGGUUACUCCUAAAUCACAGGAGGGUAAGGGGUCUUCAUCUCAACCAAAGAAGAAACAAAAGAAAGUGACAAAGACAUUAUUGGUUGAUGAACCUGAGGUAGAUGAGCCGGUUGUUACUGCGGAAGAGGAUCCGUAUGCUGGUAUUGAUCAAGUGAUGCUUAACGUUGAUGAUUUAGUGUCUGAUCAAGCAGUUAAUGUGGAAGCUGAAAAAGAGAAGGUUAUUGAUGAUAUCGAAGGUGAUGAUGUUGAUAAAGAUACUACAAACUCUUCGAGUUCUUCAGAUGACGAAGUAGAUGAGACUGAACGUCUAAGAAGAAUUAAAGAGGCUACAGAAAAAGAGAAACAAUUACGGAAGAGGAAGAGACAGGAGAAAGAUGAUGCUGCUUAUGUUCCAUCUCCUGAGCACGUUUCUGAAUCUCAAUCACCUUCAAGCGGCAAAAAGAAAGCAGAUGCAAAGAAAAGGAUUGUAUCUCCAAAAAUCAAGAAAGUUACUACAAAGAUUACAAAGCCCAAGAUUGUCUUGAAGAAGAAACCAGCCAAAGAAUCCAGUAAACCAUCAACUCCACUACCUGAACCUACACCAAUACAAUCACCACCACAUCAAACACCUCCACAACAACCUUCACCUCCAAAACAACCUUCACCACCAAAACAACCUACUCCACCCAGACAACCAUCACCACUACAUCUUUCACCACUACAUCUCUCACCACCACAACAACAAACCUUGCUUACAUCUCAAGAAAUCUUUCAAACACCACCACUCACUCAAAUUCAACUAACUCCUGGUUCUUCUGGCCAUAGAGGUCUUCACAUUCCUCCUGAUAAUCUUGAAGAUAUUGGAGAUUUUGGCUUUGCAAAUGAUGAACAAGUUAAGAAGUUAGAGAAGAAGAUGGAUGAAGUGUUGAAUGAAAACAAAGUUAUUGCAGCAGAAAGCAAGAAAGUUGUUGAAUGUGAAAAGAUUCUCGAAAUGCGCGUGAAGAAAUUAGAGUCUGAUAACAAAGCAUUGUUAAAGAAGAUUGAUACAGAUCAGACUGAGAUUGAUUUCCUGAAGGGGCGAGUGGCUGAAUUUGAAGAAGAAAAACCUCGCAGAGAUGAACAGAACAAAUAUUUCGAGAAGAAAAACAAAGAGCUUGAGGCUGCUAAAGCAUUAAAGGAGCAUGAUUUUUACAUGUUGAACAAAGUAGUGGAGAAUAUGCUUGGAACGUCAAUUGAACAAAAGUUCGAAGAGAUUCAAGUUGAAGAGCUUAGGGCAAAACGCCAAGCUGAGAUUGACGAACAAAUGAAAGAUAAAGGUAAGGGUGCUGAAAGUAGUGCGGUAGCUGAUGAGAGAUCAAUUGUUCCAUCCUUAGUGAUUGAAAAUCCAGUACCUAUAUCUUCAGUAUCAGCACUUUUUGAAGAUCCGGUAACACUGGAAGAUCUUGCUGCUGAUGAUGAUGAAGAAGAUGAUGAUGAGGAUGAUGAAGAUGAGGGUGAUGAGGAAGAAGGUGAUGAAGAGGAAGACGACGAUGAUGAGAAAGUCUUCUCGGCUAGCAGUCAUAGUUCUGAUAAUGACGAUGACGAUGCUCAAGGUGGUAUGGGAAUUAAAGUAACUGAAGCCUCCAGUGAAAGAACAACUGUUGAUGAUUUUCUGAAUGAUUCUGUGAAUGAAGAGACAGGGGGAGCUAAAAGAAAGGGGGAGUCUGGUGAUGCUCAAAAUGUUUAA